ACAAGGAGCUGAAAUGGAUAAGGUGAUGCAGGAGCUAGGGAAAUCGCUAACAGACCAAGAUGUAAAUUCAUUAGCGGCUCAGCAUUUUGAAUCUCAGCAGGAUUUAGAGAACAAAUGGACCAAUGAAUUAAAACAGUCUACUGCUAUCCAGAAGCAGGAAUAUCAGGAGUGGGUGAUAAAGCUUCAUCAGGACCUAAAGAAUCCCAACAACAGCUCAAUCAGUGAUGAAAUUAAGGUUCAGCCCAGUCAACUGAGAGAAUCUGUAGAAGGAAAUGGAAGAAUUUAUGAAGAGCAAAGGCUGUUAGAAGAGAGUUUUACUAUUCACUUGGGAGCUCAGUUGAAGACCAUGCAUAACUUGAGAUUACUGAGAGCUGAUAUGCUGGAUUUCUGUAAACAUAAGCGUAAUCAUCGAAGUGGCGUAAAACUUCACAGACUUCAAACUGCAAUGUCUCUCUAUUCGACUUCUCUUUGUGGCCUGGUUUUAUUGGUGGAUAACCGUAUCAGUUCAUAUAGCGGCAUCAAAAGAGAUUUUGCAACUGUUUGCCAAGAAUGCACGGAUUUCCAUUUUCCUGGAAUUCAAGAACAGCUUGAAAUUGUCCAGAAGGUUGUACUUAAAGCCAGAGCACAGCGUAGCAGUAAGUCAAAAAGACAUCAAGAAAACAAAAGUAGUGGAAACGAAGAUAAAUUAAAGAAUAUUGAACGAAACCAGUCAAAUAUUUUGCCGGGAGAAUUCUACAUCACACGCCAUUCAAAUCUUUCUGAAAUUCAUGUUGCUUUUCACCUCUGUGUGGACGAUAACGUAAGAUCCGGUAACAUAACUGCUCGGGAUCCUGCAAUCAUGGGACUCAGAAACAUUCUCAAAGUUUGCUGCACACACGACAUUACUACUAUUAGUAUUCCUCUCCUAUUAGUGCACGAUAUGUCAGAAGAAAUGACCAUUCCAUGGUGCUUGAAGAGGGCAGAGCUUGUGUUCAAGUGUGUCAAAGGUUUCAUGAUGGAAAUGGCCUCGUGGGAUGGAGGAAUUUCUCGGACUGUACAAUUCUUGGUACCACAGACAAUUUCUGAGACAAUGUUUUACCAACUGAGCAAUAUGCUUCCGCAAAUCUUCAGAGUAUCCUCUACAUUGACUCUGACCUCUAAGCACUGAAUUUUGUGCAGCAGUAAGAUGUAUCCUGUUGACAAAGGAUGAGAUUACAGAGAUUCUGGAAUGGAAUGUCUCUUUCUGAGGGAUAAUGACCCUGAAGUGGUAUUUGUUGCAAUUUCAAGAAUCAUG